UAACCAAACAUAUGGGCCUCCUCAAUAGAUAUUUAAAUGUCUUCGCAAAGCGAUGGCCUCAUUUCAUGGGGAACAUUUAGACAACAUGCCACGAUCUAAUGAAAGGCGAGAACGGAGUUAUAGGGGUUCAGCAUACAGCAGUUUUCAGGGUGUGCAAGAACCUGAAAUAGAUUAUAAAGACAAUACAAAAGAGAAUGAGGUACCUGGAAUUCAUCAAUCCACAGACUGUUACAUUCCCCGAGGAUAUCGCUUUAACCACAGAACCUUUCGAGAACAACCGAUACCACCAUUAUCGCCCCUAGAUCAACAACAGCAAAAUGUUAGAGGGACCGGUGGAGUUAUGAAUACACAAGGAACGAUCACCGGUGUUUCUCAGAAUUCUAAUGAAUGUGACAACCCUGGAAAUUCUGACCGAGUGCAGAAAUCGCACAGCAGUACCUUUCUUCCACAACCAGUUACACCUUUAUUAUCUUUAUCUCAAAUACAAAAAAAUAUUUUGUCGCAUUCUGAUACAGAAAAAAGGCGGUUACAGUAUGAUAAUGCAUGGAAUAUUUUAGGAAAAGGAGACUCUAGGUUAUCCAAUCAUUACGGACCUUCCGUAACCACAAAGCAGUUGAAUACUUCAUACGUUUUUGUAGGGAGCGUGCAAGAAACAUCACGAGAAGUCAAGUUACCCCCCACACCUUCCUCGGGUCUGACAGAUGACACUAGCCAAUAUUCUUUGGACACAAAGGAUUAUAAGCCCAGAUCAAAAAAACCUUGUUUUUUGAAGAAAAUAUGCAAGUACCUUCUCUGGAUACUCAUAAUUCUCGGUAUCUCGGCUGUCGUAGCGAUAUCCACUGUUUAUUACCAAAAUAGCCAGCCUAACCAGAUUACCAAUAGUAUGGAGGCACAGAUAGAUGGUACCAAUGAAAUUAACAAAACCCUCGGUAUUGUAUUAGACAAGUUUAGUUCAAUCAAACAGUCGAUAGAGUCCAUGAAGUCACUUGUGAAAGAAAUCAACAAACCACUAAACAGGGCCCCAGCUUACACAAGUAGUGACUCUUUAUCGGAUUCAUCGAAUUCAGGACAGUGUCGGAACGAUACAAAUGGUGAAUGUGUAAAGGACUGUACUUUCAUGUGUCGUGGGGACUAUCAGUCCUGUGAGACAUGUAUAGGUUAUGUCACUUGUGAUCAUGGAAAAAUAUUUAAAAGAAUCUGUGUUAAUCCCAGAUUCAAUAUAACUCUUUUUUGGGAUGACAAACUCAAAGCAUGUGAAUUUAAAAGCAGUACGUGUUACUAUAAGUGACAAAAUACGAAAUUUUAUUAAGAUGUUCAGUAGUCGAUGAUACUUGUGUAUUUUAAACAAUAGAACUGUUGUAAUAACUUCAUGUAUUAAAAAGUUUCACGCUGUAGAUAUCAUAUAAUUAUAUAAUUUAAUAUCUUUUUUGCAACUGAAGAUUUUUCUAUCUAAUCAUAAAUUAUUGAUAUUUUAAACUAAAAGAAGCUUCCUGUCCUAGUUGAGACGGUGGUUUCUUGUUGGUCGAACAUUCUUUCUUCUGCAGUAUAUUCAUAAAUACACAAUUCUUUUUUUUCAUAAGUAAACUUUAAAUAAUAGGAGAUGUUAAAGUGACCAGAUAAUAAUACAAUGUGAACAGUGUAGAUGUAUUUAAUCAUACAAAUGAGUUGUUUUUAAUGUUUCUGUUCGUAAAUUUGUGUCUCCAAAGAAUACGCUAUAUGUUUUGUGCAUUUCUAAUAUGAAUUUGUAUAUAUGCAACUUGUUGUAGGCUCGUAUUUAACACACUAGGAACAAUAUGAGAAUUAGCGAAUCCUUGAUUUUGAAACAUGUCUUCUUUCAGUCAAAUAUUCAUAUGAUGUUUAA